AUGAGAGGUCGCUCUAACUUUAUCAAUUUAGACCCAAACUCUCAUAGGCAUAAGCUGCUAAAAGUUACUUUCCAGGCGUAUAUUUGGCCAUUCGUCAGCGCAAUACCCCCCCCGAUUCCCUUCCUGAUCUCAGCUACUUUGAAUUUCAUUACUGCCCCUUCAACACCAGAGAAUAAUCUUCGUGGAUCGCCAUUAGUUGGCGCAUACGUGCUGACCUACAUGGGACUGGCGACUUCUUUCUUGGAUUUCACGGUAUAUGAAAACUCAUGGGUAAAUCAGAUAUCAACUGCAGUAUAUUGGCGACAGACGUUCCGAUUCAACACCACUGUCCGAGCCGGUCUCAUCUCACUAGUCUACCGCCAAACGACCAAGAUGCACGCCGCCGAGUUCAAGUCCAGGUCUGCCAUCACUUUGAUGGGAACCGACGUCGAGCGUAUCGUCCAAAAGUUCCGGAACAUUCAUGAAAUAUGGGUUACACCGGUCGAAGCUGUUAUCGCUAUCUUCCUCCUGGAACGACAAUUAGGCGUUGUAUGCCUCAUUCCAGCUGGCAUCUCCAUCAUUGCUGUAAUUGGCACAAUACCGGUCUCCACAAAGUCCAAUGUCGCCCAAAAGAUCUGGAUCGAACACGUACAGACACGGCUAAGCGUAACAUCGGAAAUGUUGAAUGAUAUGAAGGCAGUCAAAAUGCUAGGACUACGCGAGAAGCUAUUCAAAGCAGUUUCGCUGUUGCGAACAGCGGAGCUGAAAGCUUCUCAACGAUUUCGGGUCCUGUUAAUUUGGAUGGUUGCCUUAUCAAACUUGCCGCUGGCGUUAGCUCCAUUUGCUACGUUCACAAUCUUCGCCAUAGUUCAGUCCGUCCGUGGAGGAGAAACGCUUUUGGCUGACCGAGUGUUCACUUCAUUGUCCUUGAUCUCGCUGAUGACAGAGCCACUUCUCAACUUCAUUCAAACCCUUCCGCAACUCUACCAGUCACUUUCAAGCUUCGAUCGCAUUGAAGAGUACUGUGUUCAAGCGCCAUUUGAUGCGCCUGCUGAAAGGUCUUUGACACAAGCGGAUAUCGAGUUAUCCUCAAUCCAUGCGCCGCCCCUAGACUCGGUGCUCGAGUUUCGAGGUGCCAGCUUUUCCUGGUCUCAGAUAUCCAAUCCCAUUCUUCAUAAUAUGAACCUUUCCAUAAAAAAGGGCACCAUCACUGCCAUCAUAGGACCGGUUGGAAGUGGAAAAUCGACCCUGUUGGAAAGUGCAAUCGGAGAAACCAUCUGCAAAAGUGGUUCUGUGUCUUAUUUCCAGUCAAUGGUGGCUUACUGUCCACAGACACCAUGGAUCAUCAAUGACACCAUCCGUCAAAACAUCACCGGUGUCGCGACUUUCGAUGCAAAGUGGUACAAUUUCGUCGUUUGGGCAUGUGCGUUAGAGAACGAUUUUCAGAAUAUACCGGGCGGGGACAUGUCCAAGGCUGGAAGCUCUGGCAUAACGCUGAGUGGUGGUCAAAAGCAGAGAAUAUCUCUUGCUCGUGCCGUCUAUUCGCGAGCAUCAACUUUAGUUCUGGAUGAUGUAUUCAGUGGUCUCGACAACAAGUCUGUUGCUGCAAUCUCUUAUCGCCUCCUUGCAGCAGACGGCCAUUUCAGAGAAUCGGGAAGAACAGUCGUCCUUGUAACGCAUAAUCAUCGCUUACUACCAUUUGCGGACGAGAUUGUCCUUUUGGACGGUGGGAAAAUCACGCUAACAGGGACCUACGAUCAAAUUCGCUCAACCUUGCCGGAAGAAAAACACAAUCACGUCCACGAGAGCUCCUCUGAUGAUGAGACCCCAUUUAUCGAGAAGAAUGUAGCAUCUACCACCAUUUCAAGGAUCGUCAGCGCUACCGAGGCGGACAGCAUCAAUGCAAAUAACACGCGCAGACAAGGGAAAUGGUCUGUUUACGCGUACUACUUUGAAAGUAGUGGGCGAACUCUCAUUGCGUUCCUCGUUGCGUCAAUAGCUAUUGCUUCAUUUGUCGAUAAAUUUUCAACGGUCUGGCUACAACAAUGGUCCGAUUACAACGUGAAACAUCCGAGCCAAAAGCUCGGGCUUUACAUUGGGGUCUACGCUGUCCUUGUCUCCAUAGGUGUCUUUUGUCUUAUAUCUACGUGCUGGAUAGUUCUUGUGAGAGUGAUCAACAACACGGGGCUUAGAAUGCAUGCAAACCUGCUCAAGACUACCUUGAGAUGCUGGUUUGACGACGAACCGGAUUUAGAGCUCAUUGACAUGAACCUUCCGCUCGAUGCCAUCAACACAUCCAUGUCAUUUGCAAACUGCGUAGUCCAGCUUAUCAUUCUAUGCAUAAUGGGCAAGUAUCUCACAGUGACUGUGCCUGUCCUAGCAGUGGUUCUGUUCCUCGUUCAAAACUACUACCUUCGGACAUCCCGCCAGGUACGGCUUCUAGAUAUCGAAGCCAAGUCGCCGCUUUUCACCCACUUCGUAGAAACCAUGCAAGGAAUCUCUGUCAUUCGAGCCAUGCGCUGGCAGAGGCCAUUCGAGGAACGACUACAGGAGCUUCUAAACCAAUCACAAAAGCCAUUUUAUAUGCUGUAUUGCAUCCAGCAAUGGCUACAGCUUGUUCUCGACUGCAUUGUUAUGGCGCUGGCUGUCGUCCUCGUUACGUUAGUCAUCUCACUGAAGGACCAAUUUAGUGCCGGCGCGAUCGGUGUUGCGCUGAAUUUGAUUCUGAGUUUCAAUCAGGAUUUGAUGAUUUUGAUCAAAUUUUGGACUUCUCUUGAGACCUCCAUCGGGGCAGUCUCUCGUAUACAGGAGUUUGUUGCGAAUACGCCGCCCGAGGACCAGGGCCAGGACUUGCUUGGUCCACCUCCCGUGCAGUGGCCUUCUGGCGGUGAAAUAGUAUUCAAAGAUGUCAACGCCACAUACAACCCGACAUCUGCGCCUGUUCUGACGAAUUUGUCUUUGACUAUCCAUUCUGGUGAGAAGGUUGCCAUCUGUGGCCCAUCUGGUAGUGGCAAGACAUCAUUCAUUCUCGGAUUGCUGCAAAUGAUUGAGGUCCAAAAUGGUUCCAUUACGAUCGAUGAUGUCGACCUAUCUACCCUCUCCUGCGGCACAGUCCGGUUUCAUGUCAAUGUGGUUCCCCAAGACCCCUUCUUCAUGCCAGGAACCCUGCGAUUCAACUUGGACCGGGAUUCAGAACAUAAUCCAGCCCCAGACGCGUGUCUCAUUCAAGCCCUUGAGAUAGUGGAUCUUUGGAAGAAGGUCUGCGGCACUUCUUCCGGUCGUGGAGAACUUGACCAAGAACUGUCAUUAUCGGACUGGUCCAUGGGUGAGCGACAGCUUCUCGCUCUGGCACGAGCCGUGGUGACCAAGAGCUCAAUUCUUAUUCUGGAUGAAGCAACUAGCAGUGUGGACUGGGAUACAGAAGCCAUCAUGCAGAACAUUAUUGAGCAGGACUUUGCUUCGCAGACGGUCAUUUCUGUCAUGCAUCGUCUCCGAUAUAUUGAACGGUUUGAUCGUGUGGCUUUAUUGAAGCAUGGUCGGCUGGUGGAAUUCGAUACUCCGCAGGCGUUGCUCGCACGGCCGUCUGAGUUCCGGUCGUUUUACCACGCGAAACAAAUGGAGUAG